UCGGCACUACAUUCCUCUCAAUGUGGACGCCGUGUCCUUUAAAAUGGUUGACUAUAUUAACCAUUUGAACACAACGUGGAAAGCUCAAAGUAACUUUGAAGGCUAUUCUAUGGAGUAUAUCAAAGGUUUAAUGGGUGUCCACAAAGACAACCACAGAUACCGUUUGCCUAUAAUUACUCACGACAUCCAGGAUUUAGAAAUUCCCGACGCGUUUGACUCGAGGACUCAAUGGCCUCACUGUCCGUCUAUUAGUGAAAUCAGAGAUCAGGGAUCUUGUGGGUCGUGUUGGGCUUUCGGUGCGGUGGAAGCCAUGUCCGACAGAAUAUGCAUCGCUUCUAAUGGCAAACAAGUGGUGGAAGUGUCGGCUGAAGAUUUGGUGUCGUGUUGUAGUUCGUGUGGAUUUGGAUGCAGCGGUGGCUUUCCUGGCGCCGCCUGGAACUACUGGGUUAGGACAGGUUUAGUGUCCGGAGGACUCUAUAAUAGCCAUAAGGGAUGUCAACCAUAUGUUGUGGCCGCCUGUGAACACCACACGACCGGCCAAUUAAAGCCCUGCGGAGAUAUUGUGCCAACCCCGAAAUGUGUGCACUUAUGUGAGAGUGGAUAUAACGUUAGCUAUAGUAAUGACAAACAUUUCGGAGUGAAGGCAUAUGGAGUGAGCGGUAAUGUCCAACAAAUUCAGGCCGAGAUCAUGAAGAAUGGACCCGUGGAGGCGGACUUCACUGUUUACUCGGACUUUGUUAACUAUAAAUCAGGGGUUUAUCAGAGACACAGUCACGAAGAACUUGGAGGCCAUGCCAUCAGAAUCCUAGGCUGGGGUGUGGAGAAUGCGGUGCCCUUUUGGUUAGUGGCCAACUCAUGGAAUUCAGAUUGGGGUGACCAAGGGUACUUUAAGAUACGCAGAGGAUAUGAUGAAUGCGGUAUUGAGAGUGAUAUUAACGCCGGUUUACCCAAAGUUUAAGCAUUUCAUCAAUUUUGUUUAAUUACAUAGAAUACAGCAAUGGAUUUCUAUUGUUAAAUUAAAAUUUGCAAUUGGUCAAUUAUUAUUAUUAUUACCCUAUUAUUACAAUUAUUGUAAACCUUAUUUCUAACUUUACUAUUAAUAAAUCCAUAUUACAGAUAAUUUACUAUAUUUUGUAAUGUCAUAAAUAAUUGUCAACAAUCAGUUAAAAACAACUAAACAAUACUAAAAAUAAUUAC